AUGUUUAAGGGCUGCCAGGCCUGGUUCUCCCACAGCGUCCAGCCCGGCCCCCGGCAGCUGUGGGGACGCACGGGGGUUCACCUUCCUCCUCACCCUGCUCUUCCUCCCGCAGUGGCUGGCGGAGGGCUGCUCACCCGCUGGCAGGACGCCGACUAUCUCUUCAGCAGCGAUGCUGCUCACCCCGAUACCCGCAGCAUACACGAGAGCCUGCAGUACCUGGAUGGCAGAGCUACAGUGUUCCAUCCCUGUUACCUCUCGGCGUGGCUGAACAGCAGCACUGCCAAGCAGCAGCCCGUGGCUCUGGGGCACUUCGUGCUGCCCCCCGCCUGCCUGCAGGAAGAAAUCAGGAGAAAAAUAGGUAGAUUUCCUUGGGAGCAAAUGGAUGAUUCCCUUGUGGAACAGCCUGAAGAAAAUCUGUCUGAUGAACCAGAGACUGUGAGCAAGGAGUGCGAGCAAGGAGCAGGGGAGGAUGCACAGAACCUACCUGAAAGCAGUGAAGGAAAAAGGGGCUCAAGAGCAUCCAGCCAGGAAGUUCCAUGCCAUACACUCCAGGAAUACCCGAUAAAUAACAUGGUGACAGGCUACACUUCUGCCCGUGACAUGAGGAAAUACACCGGAGAGCUACACGACUUCACUCCUGGCACCGCGGGCUGCACCGCCUACUGGGUUUAUCAUGAAAUCAGCCUAAAAAAUUCUAAGUAACAGGCAGCUGUUCUCAGCAAAACCUUAACUGAGCGCUGCCCGACACCAUCAGCCAGCUAUGGCAGUCCAGUUCUGUUUACCAGCAUCCUGUGGUUGCUGCAAGUAAUGCUGCCUUCCCUGCCUUCCUGCAGAUUGAUCGUUAUUCCAGUGCGCAGCCUUUGUUAUCACUGCAUUUUAGUUACACAGUGAAAAGAUUGGUGACACUGAGCUGCAAAUUCCAAGUUAAAUCCCUGCGGUGCUUGAGGGAGCUCUAAGCUAUCUGUGUUUGGUUUGUCCUCGUGACAGCUCAGUAUACUUUACAUACCUGCCUGCAUUUGUUGUAAAUGUUUUUUUUCCUAACUACUGAAAGCAAAUUCCACAGCAAACAUAAAUACAGGUGUUUCCCCCAAAGAGCAAACCCUCU